AUGGCCAAGCUUUUGACCUGGAAGCAAUGGAUUCAAGACUCCCAGCCAAAGUACGAGGCUAAUCCUGCUGCCACCUGGGUUAGGUUUUUUGAGAAGGUUGGCCUCGAAUAUCUUGAUAACCCAAAAUACAAAAGCCACCUGCAGUUAGUUACCGCGGACUAUCUCCCAGAUGAUCUUAUUGCUGCUCCUGCGUAUGGACAGGUUGGAGCUAUCAUUGCAGCUGCAGCAGCGACAGGUGCUCAAGUCAAGAUGACUGACGACAAGUCUCUUUACCCAGUAAUUCUUGGGCGGCAAUUCCAGUUCGACUUCCGGCAGCACCCUACCCUUGGUACUAUCGGUGCAUAUGCACAGUUUACCCAGAGAGACCGCGAUGGGAACCCAUACGCGGAUACAAGUUCCAGCUCAAGAAACAUGAAUUUAGAAGAUUCCUCGCCACCAGGAAAGCUGGCCAUGGCCAUGGAACACCGUCGCGGCGAGAUUUGUCUUGAAGAUGGUGUGAUACUCUUGUUCAAUGAGAUGCCCCAAACUUCACUAAACCUAUUCAAAGAAGCUCACCGCUUUCAGCUUAUUGAAAGAUUGGGAGACCGAAAUCAUAAUGGGGAUCAUUCCCUUCCCAGUCUUAACGGUAUCGACGACGUGGACGUUUACUGCCCGAUCAUCAUCUUUUUUCUCGCUGCUACACCAAUGUGCGCUCCUGCGCCCUCCUCGGCUUCAAUCCUGGAAACUAAGUUGCCUCUCACACCGGUGGGACCCAAUGGAAGAUAUUGGUCAGCACUAUGCCUGGAAGCUUUUGACAAUGCGACGCCCUCUGAAAGGCCGAUUGGUUAUGAACAACCACAAUGGUCUGGGUUCCAUAAAUAUUGGAAUACUGUCAUGCCUCUGGGAAUGCACAAUGUCCUCAAACUCGAGGAUCCAAUAGCUUGUGUUCCCUUAUGGGUCAGCUACAUGCUGAGGGAAUCUGAUCGAAUAUUGGCGCCAAUACCACGACAACGAACGAGAAAUGUCGAUGCCAUAAGCCAACAGCUUGAGACUUCUCGAAGUCAGGACGAAGAGAUCGAUGACCAGAAAGUCGCCGAGAAAGCUAUGGACGACAGGAUCCCAAGAAGGAUGAACGAACAGGGGCUGAUUUUGGAGGCUAUUUAG